AAACGCCGAUCACAAAUUUAACAUCACUACGAUGAAAACGUUGUUUCUAUUACUUUUUAUUUAUACGUUACACAUAACUACGCUAACCGCAGACAAUGAGCCGCUACAAAAGUCGCUCAUCUUGAGAUCGUUCCCUAAGAAAGUAGUCUCAUAUAUAUCCAAAAAGCCCAAGUUGCUACAUCGGCGGUUUAACAAAAAGACGUACUCGUCGAAACUUCUGAAGCAGAAAGAUGGUGGUAACCUCAGAGGCUACACAGUCUUCCCGCCGCAUGACAAGAGAAAGUUGAUCGACAUACCGAACAGUCCGUACUUCCCUAUAGAUGCAAACGAUGAGCCGAAAGCUCGUGUGAAGAAAGUGUUACCGGAUUAUAAUGGCGCCUUGCAGCGGAAGAAACGCGCGGCGGAUCCGGAUCCACAGCCUCCGCCCGCUGCGUCUGCAGUAUCAUCGGUUGCUGUAAUUCCUGCAGCUCCAACAUUUUUAUCAGGUCCGCACGUUUCUGCAUCUGCAUCAGCAUCAGCAUCAGCAUCAGGAUCUAAAGCACCCCUGUCGGCUGCAAUAGCCCCAGCAGCACCUGCAGCCCUUGCAGCCGCGCCCCCGCCCGUUCCGGCAGCUUUGGUUGCAACGACAAGAAAGCAAAAUGAAAAGCCAGUAGAAAAAGACAAACUAGAUGCCCCUGUGGCCGACCCUGCAGCUACUUCAGCUCCUGCUGCCACUACCAUAAAACCCGUAGCUAAGCCAAUACAAAAACUCAAAAAAGGACACUCAGGCGGCAAAGCAACAAACAAAACAGGACGAACCGGCAAAAAGGCCAAAAAACGAAGCAACAAAAAGAACAGCAAAAAAAGCCGAAGUAGAAAGAACAAGAAAUCCAGGAAAGCGAAGGCGAGGAGUUUGAAAAAUAAGGAAAAGGAUAACAAAAGGAAUUCGGACAAAAAAAAGAAGUUGUCACGGACUAAAUCGAACGCGUCGUCACGGCGGUAUAACAACAGGCGAACAGUGAGCUCGCGGCGGCUGAUCGCAUCCGGCGACGGCAUGAUUGAGACCUACCCAUACACGGUCUCCAUUCAGAAGGACGGCGAGCAUUGGUGUUCGGGUGCUAUUCUCAAUCAACGGCUUAUAAUUACCACGGCUAACUGCCUAUGGAAGUCGAGUAGAAUGAGUCGCAUGCGCGUGCGAGUAUGUUCAAGACACACAGACAGAGGCGGGCAGGUAGUAAGGAUACAGGAAGUAAUGAAGCAUCCUGAAUGGAGCGUCAGGAAGAACCCAGACUGUGAUAUUGCGCUGUUCCUCGUUGAUAAGAAUAUCAGAUUUUCAGAUGCAUGUCACGGGCUAGAUUUGCCGAACCGUGUCAUGAUGCCGCCCUUCUACGACGCUUGGAUCACCAGCUGGGGAGCUGACAGGCGUGAUGGCAUAUUCGAGCGGCGCCCUAUGUCAAUGCAAGUCUAUCAUGCCCGUUUGAUAGACCGCGAAAAAUGCAACAACGCUACAAUGCGUUUCGGUGUCGCCGUCACUGAAAACUUCAUCUGCUUUAGUCAAGUUGGGCAGAGGGGACCGUGUACUAGGGAUACUGGGGCUCCUGCGGUGAGUGAUGGCGUUCUUUGGGGCCUGGCUUCAUGGGGCUUAAGGAAAUUAUGUGGUACCGAAAGAUUCCCGGCAGUAUUUUCCUAUAUCGCUUCUCACAGGAACAUGGACUUCAUAUCGAACGCUACAACCUUCCUCAUGUCCGAAGAUAGGCCGUAUCCAUUCUUGGACCGAUUAUCCAUUUCAGAUAUGCAGAAUGUUGACAUCGUAACCAAGGCGCCAGAAGUAGUUUAAAAACAUUGCACAACACAUGUAACAAAACCGUACCCUAGGUGUAAUAGACCACAUCUGCAAAUUGACAAAUUUUCAGUUGAGAGGCUUAACGACUCUACGAAUGAAAUUAGUUUAGGUUCCUUUUU